UACAGUUCCUGGGCCGGGCCGCGGGUGAAAUUGACUGACAGCUUGGGCAGCGCUCCCGGGUCCCUCCCGAGCUGCAGCGGCGGGUGCAUGGAGAAGGGCCCGGUGCCGGUGCCGGCGCCGGCGCCGGCGAAGCCGCGGAGUUCCAGGUGCAGCAGCAAUGGGGUUCUCGAGGGAGAAUCCCCGCGACCCGGGUCCAGCCGGCCGGGCGACAAAUCGCCCCGACCCGAGACCAAAGACCAGCAGCACCCUGGCCGCUGGCCGGGCGAGAAGCCCGGGGACAAGGAGGUGAACGAGCUGAACCUCCCCAACCUGGCCGCCGCCUACUCGUCCAUCCUGCGCUCUCUGGGCGAAGACCCCCAGCGGCAGGGGCUGCUCAAGACGCCCUGGAGGGCGGCCACGGCUAUGCAGUUCUUCACCAAGGGUUACCACGAGACCAUCUCAGAUGUCCUAAACGAUGCUAUCUUUGAUGAAGAUCAUGAUGAGAUGGUGAUUGUGAAAGAUAUAGAUAUGUUUUCCAUGUGUGAACAUCAUCUGGUUCCAUUCAUUGGAAAGGUCCAUAUUGGCUAUCUUCCUAACAAGCAAGUACUUGGUCUCAGCAAACUUGCCAGGAUUGUAGAAAUCUACAGUAGAAGAUUACAAGUUCAGGAGCGGCUGACGAAACAAAUCGCCUUGGCAAUCACAGAAGCUUUGCGGCCUGCUGGAGUCGGUGUUGUGGUUGAAGCCACACACAUGUGCAUGGUAAUGCGAGGGGUACAGAAAAUGAACAGCAAAACUGUGACCAGCACCAUGCUGGGUGUGUUCCGGGAAGAUCCAAAGACUCGAGAAGAGUUUCUUACUCUCAUUAGGAGCUGAACUCUACUGUGU